UUUCUCUUCUCCUUUCCCAUUUUUAUUUUUUCUGUGCCUUCUUGUUCUUUCGGCUAGUCUUCUAUUUUAUGGUUUAAAUUUUAAAUCAAUAAUGGAGGAUGAAGAUGCAAUACUCCUACUUAUGGAGAAUCGAUUCAGGAAUCUAGAGAUCUGCAAUCGGCUAUGAGGUCUCCAGUAAAGCAAAAUAAGAAAGAAAAUUAUACCAUUCCAUGUACAAGAAAUUAUUGAUGUCCAGGAAGAUCUGAGCAAAAGCAUGAGUCGAAUGUGAAGCAUCUUGAAGGAAUUUAAAGAUCCGAUAUUCCAUUCGAAUGUUUCGAUUAGAGACGGUAGCUAUGAUCCAGAAUCCAAAGCAAUUCGUGUUCUUCAAUUCGUGAUGUUGAUGUGAAAUUCCCAAAUAGUAGAAAUUACGAUAUAACGUGGAACAAAUCUGGUUUUGUUCAAGAGAAAUUAAAACUAGAUUUUUUCUGAAACCAUAUUUAUUCUUUGUUCUUGGGAGUACUUUGGGUGAUGAGGCAAGUAAGAAAGAUAUUGGAGAUUUAUAUGGAAAAACAUGGUUCCACAGGUGUGCUGAUCAUCAAAUUAGGUGGCAGCAUGUGGUUUUGGCGAUGCUUAAAGAAGAUGAACCGGAGAUUUAGACGGGAUAGAAGAAUAUAAUUCUCUGUCAGAGAAAGAUGAAGGUGCUUGUGAAAAUGCCGAUAUGAAAUUCAAGAUUAAUAAGUGCUCUAAUAACACCUUGCUCAUGAGUUGAGGCAGGACUAGAAUGGGAAUGAUAUGAUGGACAAGGGUAAAUAUUAUGGUUUUGCUUGGUUGCGUCUGACAAAAUACUUCAAGUGGUCAUUACUAAGCAUGCAUGAGUUUAAAUUGCUACUCUUCUCUCAUUGCAUUCGUGGGAAUUGCAGUAAAAUGCUUAUCAGUUCCACGAACCCAAAGGUCAUCCGUGGGAGAUGUGCUUCAUAGUCUGGCAUUGGCGCUACAGUGGUUGGUGCCAAUUUGCAUACAGUCAAUAAUGAGGUCACAAGGAAUAAAAGGCCCUUCUUACAGAUUCCUCCAUGGGAACACUAAACAAAUAGCCAAAAUGAGAAAGGAAGCAAUUUACAAUCCUAUGGAAUUGUCACAUCACAUACUUCCAAGAAUUCAACCACACAUUUAUUCUUGGAUGAAGCUCUAUGGAAUGAACUUUCUUCUUUGGUACGGUGCAAGAGCUCAACUGACAGUUACAGAACCUGAACUGGUUAAAGAGAUUCUGAACAAUAAAGAAGAAACAUAUUGCAAAAUAGGGUUCCAAGAUUACAUUAAGAUGGUAUUAGGAGAUGGACUUGUGUUAUCCACAGGCGAAAAAUGGCUGAAGAUGCGUAAACUUGCUAAUUAUGCUUUUCAUGGAGAAAACUUGAAGGGUAUGGUUCCCGCAAUGCUAGCAAGUGUGGAAAUGAUGGUUGAAAGAUGGAGACAUCACGACGGAAAGGAGAUUGAAGUAUUUCAAGAAUUCAAGGUUUUAACAUCAGAAAUAAUCUCAAGAACAGCUUUUGGAAGCUCCUAUUUGGAAGGAGAGGAAGUAUUUGAUAUGUUGAAGAAGAUGAUCUUCAUUGUUGCAAGAAACCACUAUAAAGUGAGAAUUCCUUGUCCAGGAAUUAAAAGAUUUCUGAAAACAGGGGAUGAACUUGAAUUGGAUAAAAUCCAAAAAGAGAUAAGAGACACCAUUAUCAAUAUGAUAAAGAAAAGAGAGAAAGCAACAAUGAUGGGUGAAUUGGAUGGCUAUGGUAGUGAUUUUCUUGGAUUACUUAUCAAAGCUUAUAAUGAUCCUGAUAAGAAUAAGAGAAUAUCUAUAGAUGACAUGAUUGAUGAAUGCAAGACUUUCUAUGUCGCUGGACAAGAAACUACUGCAAGCUCACUUACUUGGACAGUUCUUCUUCUAGCAAUUCACACAGAUUGGCAAGAUGAAGCUAGAAAAGAGGUCCUUGAACUAUUUGGCCAGCAGAAUCCAACUGCUGAUGGGGUUGCAAGAUUGAAAACUAUGAAUAUAAUCAUUAAUGAAUCUCUAAGGCUAUAUCCUCCAGUCUUUCAUGUAACAAGGGAAGUCCAAAGAGAAGUCAGACUGGGGCAACUAAAUAUUCCAAACAAGAUAGAAACAUAUAUUCCAACACUAGCACUUCACACAGACUAUAAAAUAUGGGGAGAAGAUGCUUAUCUUUUUAAACCAGAAAGAUUUGCAGGAGGAGUGGCUAAAGCUACUAACAACAGUGUCUCUUCAUUUCUUCCUUUUGGUUUGGGACCCAGAACUUGUGUUGGCUUGAACUUUGCAAUUACAGAAAAGAAAAUUGCUCUUUCAAUGAUUUUGCAGCGCUACAAGUUCACUCUCUCCCCUUCUUAUGUACAUUCACCUGUUCAAAUUCUCACAAUGUGUCCACAACAUGGAGUUCAGGAAUUUACAUUUAUGAAUGUGGAAUACCAGACUAUGUGUUGGUGCACAGGAAUUUGCAGGAAUUUGCAUUUAUGAAUGUGGAAUAUAAUACACACCAACAGUACCAGCACACACUGCACCUGAUUUAGUUAGUAUACGGCACUGCUCGUUUCAUGGGUUUUGA